AAUCAGAUCAGACCCCCUUGCCUUCUCCCUCCACUGCCCACUGCUCGCCCUCGUCUCUCCUCUGCACGCGUCGCCCGGCGGAUCCGUCCUGCAAGGGUUCAGAUCCACCACGCGCACAAGAGGAAAUAACCAACUGUUUGUCGUCAGUGCGUUCAAGAAAAAUCCCAAGCGUGGUACAACUUCCCAAGUAAAAUCUAGGUUGCUGCUACCCAAGAAAAAUCUAGGAACCACAACAAGUUGUAGACUGACGGCACUGUCAGUGCUUCGGACAGCUUGAGGUCCACGCAGAAUUCAUUGGGCGAGCUCUCAGCUACCACACGACCAUGGAGUCGGCUCUCGUCAGCGUGGCGACCGGGGUCCUGAAACCGGUCCUCGAGAAGCUGGCCUCUCUGCUAGGCAACGAGUACAAGCGUUUCAAGGGAGUGCGCAAGGAGAUCAAGUCUCUCACUCAUGAGCUCGCCGCCAUGGAGGCUUUUCUCCUCAAGAUGUCCGAGGUGGAGGAUCCCGAUGCGCAGGAUAAAGUCUGGAUGAAUGAGGUGCGGGAGCUGUCCUACGACAUGGAGGAUGCCAUCGACGACUUCAUGCAAAGCGUCGGUGACAAAGAUGAAAAGCCAGAUGGCUUCAUUGAGAAGAUCAAGAACUCCCUAGGGAAGUUGGGGAAAAUGAAGGCCCGUCGUCAAAUUGCAAAUGAGAUCCAAGAGCUGAAGAAACUUACCAUUGAGGUGGGCAAGAGGAAUGAAAGGUACAAGACUCGUGAGGCCUUCUCCAACACCAACAAUACAACUUUUGACCCUAGAGCUCUUGCUAUAUUUGAGCAAGCCUCAAAACUUGUCGGAAUUGAUCAACCCAAGGCUGAGAUAAUGAAAUUACUCAAUGAAGAGGAUGGAAAUUUGUCGGCAAAACAACAACUGAAGUUGGUCUCCGUUGUUGGAUGUGGAGGAUCGGGCAAGACAACUCUUGCAAACCAAGUCUAUCAAGGGCUCAAAGAGGAAUUUGAGUGUAAGGCUUUCGUAUCAGUGUCGCGAAACCCAGACCUGAAAAAUAUCUUGAGAACCAUUCUCAGUGAAGUCAACGGUCAAGGUUAUGCUAGCACAAAAGCAGGAAGUAUACAACAACUCAUCAGCAAGAUCACCGAUGUUCUAGCACACAAAAGGUAUUUUGUUGUUGUUGACGAUAUAUGGGAUGUGGAUGCAUGGGAUGUUAUUAAGUGUGCAUUCCCCAUAACAUGUUCUGGCAGUAUAAUAAUCACCACUACUCGUAUAAAUGAUGUCGCAGAUUUAUGUCGGUCAUCAUGUAGUGGUUGUAUCUAUAAUAUGAGGCCACUUGAUGUGGUGCAUUCAAGGCAACUAUUUCACAAAAGAUUGUUCGAUUCCAAUGAAGAUUGCCCUUCAAACCUUCAAAAAGUUUUUGAUGAAAUUUUGAAGAAAUGCGGUGGCUUACCUUUGGUGAUCAUUGCCAUUUCUGGUUUGUUGUCUACCAUGGAAAUAACAGAACAUAUGUGGAAUCAGGUGAAUGAUUCAAUUGGUCGUGCACUUGAGAGGAAUCCUAGCGUGGAAGCAAUGAUAAAGAUAUUGUCACUUAGCUACUUUGAUCUUCCUCCCCAUCUGAAAACGUGUCUCUUGUAUUUGAGUAUAUUUCCAGAAGAUUCUGUUAUUGAGAAGAGAGCCUUAAUAUGGAGAUGGAUUGCUGAGGGAUUCAUUCAUAAAGAUGGCAGAUACACGGCGUACGAGUUAGGAGAAAGGUGUUUUAAUGAGCUCCUCAAUAGGAGUUUGAUCCAAGUUGCAUGGACAAAUGAAUAUGGUAAGGUGGAGAGUUGUCGAGUUCAUGACAUAAUUCUUGAUUUCAUCAUAUCGAAGUCCAUUGAAGAGAACUUUGUCACUUUAAUUGGUGUUCCGUAUAUAGUUGGCGGGACGCAAAGCAAAGUUCGUCGUCUCUCUCUCCAAGUUGAUGAUGAAGGAAAUUCUAUAAGAAAGACUGGCAUGGUAUUGUCUCAUGUCCGAUCACUCAAUGUGUUUGGGCAUUCGUUGGAAAUCCCUUCUCUCAAUGAGUUUGGGCACUUGCGUGUUUUGGAUGUUGAGCUUUGCCACCAAGUGGAAAACCACCAUAUUACAAAUAUUGGGAGAUUGUUUCAGUUAAGGCGCCUGAACCUGAGAUGGACAGAAGUAAGUGAGCUCCCAGAAGAAAUCGGCCAUCUACGUUGCUUAGAGAUGCUGGACAUAAGAGGUACCCUGGUACAAGAAUUACCAUCAACUAUUGUGAAUCUUGGAAGAUUGGUGGAUAUGCUUCAUGACAGUAGUGUUAAGUUCCCAAAUGGAAUUGAAAAGAUGCAAGCAUUGGAGAUAUUGGAAGAGGUCAAUGUCUAUAGGCAGCCAUUUAACUUCCCGCAAGAACUUGGACAGCUACAGAACCUGAGGAAGCUGGCCCUCAAUUUUGAAGGUGAUUCCAUAUAUGUACAUAGAGUUAAACAGGGAAAGAAAGAGUGCACUAAUAAAGCUAUUGCUUCUGCUCUGGGCAAUCUAGGCACUCAGAACAUCCGUUCUCUAAGUACUAUUUGUGGGGGGCGCUUCUUACGACAGGGACCAUUGUGCCCUGUUCCUCUUAGCCUCCAGGAAUUCAUCAUGACCAAGGGCUCACAUGUGGAGCAGGUUCCGGAAUGGGUGAGUUCCCUUGUAAACCUCCAGCUGUUGCGCCUACAGGUGAAGAAAUUCACGCAGAAAGAUUUGCGGGUCCUUGGUAACUUACCGGCCUUGCUCAUUCUUGAGGUGACCGGACUGGGGAAGUACAGCCGUACAACCUUCACAGUGAGCCAAAAAGUUGGGUUCCAAUGCUUGAGAAAGUUCUCUUUGGAAUCAUGUAAAUGGAUGGUGUUUGAAGCAGGAUCCAUGCCUAAGCUAGAAAAACUCGAAAUUGGAAUUUGUUUCUACAGCUCAUCCGAUUCUAGCAUUGCUAGUGGUAGUGGUGGAAGUGCUUUCGAUUUCGGAAUGGAAAACAUCCCAUCCCUUAUUACUCUCAAAUUUGCAAUAUAUGGCUGGCAUGAUAGCACUCUGGCGGCUGCACAGGCUGCUAUGGAGAGAGCUGCCGGUAAACAUCCCAACCGCCCUACUCUAAUCUUUCAGAAAAUCAGCAGCUAGCAGCCUUGAGCUCAAGCUAGAAAGAUCAUCUAUGUGAUGCCAGGAUGGGACUAAUUGUUGAACUAUUAGCUCCCCACCUCUUUGAGGAGACAAUGCAUUUGUACACAGGUUCAGCCAUCUGAUUCAGUUUGACAGCAAGCAGUACUGUACUUAGUAGCAAUAGAAUUUUGAACUACAAGCACUGCUACGAAAUCCCUCAUUUGCUUGCUGGCAACAGGAGAAUUGAUGUUACUUAUGCUGCUGCUGCUGCUACUC